AUGCUGGAUGUAGCUAAUAAACGUUUUGAUGAUCUUCCGAACAAAGACAAGAUAAUCAAACGGAUACAAGACAUGCCUUUUUUGGCAAAAACUGUUCGUGAGCGUACCAUCAUAACGGCAACCCACGUGGAGGAAACCCAAGUGAACGACAUAAAUGCAGCGUCGUUCUUUUCCCUGGCUUUGGAUGAGUCAACAGACGUAAGACAUUUGGAGCAGUUCAGCGUGAUUGCAAGAUAUGCUGCUGGUGAUACACUGCACGAAGAAAGUCUUGCGGUUCUGCCAAUAAAAGGGUCCACAAAAGAUGGGGUUAAAAUCGUUCACCAACCCUUCGCCUUUGCCGCACUCCCAAACUUCCUCGCUCCUGCUGAUAAUAGCCAAGACAAUUCCUCCGCCACGGCUAGCCUAAUCGAUGCACUAGAAGCUGAGGCACGGAAAUUACCAUUGCAUCGCCGGCAAAAUGAUCUUUUCUCCCUGAAUCAAAGCGAUGAUUUAAAAUCUCUAACUCAGAAGGGGCACGAAACCAGAACAGCCAAAUUCCCAUUGUUGUGUCAGCUGCGGGAGUUCUUUGCAACGGAAUUUCUCACCUGGAUGAAGGACGUUACGGGCGCCGAACUAGAUGAGCAUGAGGUAGACUCCAGCGUGUCUCGUUACGAGCCAAAUGACUACCUACUCUGUCACGACGACGAGUUGGAGCGACGGCGAAUUGCCUUCGUCAUUUAUCUUGUUCCCGAGGACUGGGACUCCACCACUGACGGAGGUUGCCUCGACCUCAUUGACAGCGGGCCCGCACCGAACAAGUGUGAUCAGGCAGACUUAAAGUCCAAGCCCGGUGACUACCAUCCCUGGCGACCCGUCAUUUCCCUGCCACCCGCCCGCAAUUGCCUCGUCUUUUUUGAGGUGGCUGAGAUCAUCGGCAGUCGUGAUCGCCUCUCGGUUCAUGGCUGGCUUAAGAGUGCUCCCCUGCCAAGACCUCCACGAUCCCCUGACCCCUUGAACAUUCCACGUCUCCCGGCCUGUUUCGUCGAGGAGGACCUGGUCUACCGGUGGAUUAACCCUCUGUACCUGGACGUUGAACAACAGCAGCUCAUUCGUCGGCGUUUCAGGUCAACCUCUGAAAUUCGCUUGCCUGGUUUUCUCAUUGUAAGUGUUUGUACAUGA